AUGGAGCUGCUCUCCACCCCCCGCAGCAUCGAGAUCAACAACAUCACGUGCGACUCGUUCCGGAUCUCCUGGGCCAUGGACGGGGGAGACCUGGAGAGAGUCACCCACUACUUCAUCGACCUCAACAAGAAGGAGAACAAGAACUCCAACAAAUUCAAACACAGGGAUGUGCCCACCAAGCUGGUCGCCAAGGCAGUCCCACUGCCCAUGACUGUGAGGGGCCACUGGUUCCUGAGCCCCAGGACAGAGUACAGCGUGGCCGUGCAGACAGCGGUGAAGCAGAGUGAUGGGGAGUACCUGGUGUCCGGCUGGAGUGAGACCGUGGAGUUCUGCACGGGGGACUAUGCUAAGGAGCACCUGGCCCAGCUGCAGGAGAAGGCUGAGCUCAUUGCGGGCAGGAUGCUCAGAUUCUCGGUCUUCUAUAGGAACCAGCACAAGGAAUAUUUCCAGCACGUCAGGAUGCAUUGUGGGAACAUGAUGAAGCCCUCCCUGAAGGACAACAGCGGGAGCCACGGCUCACCCACCAGCGGCAUGCUGCAUGGGAUCUUCUUCAGCUGCAACACCGAAUUCAACACAGGCCAGCCCCCCCAGGACUCGCCCUACGGCCGCUACCGCUUCCAGAUCCCCGCCCAGCGCCUCUUCAGCCCCAACACCAACCUCUACUUUGCGGACUUCUACUGCAUGUACACCGCCUACCACUACGUCGUCCUGGUGCUGGCCCCCAAGGGCUCCCCGGGAGACCACUUCUGCCGGGAGUGCCUGCCCCAGCUGGACAUUUCCUGCAACAAGUUCCUGACCUGCUGCAUGGAGGACGGCGAGCUGGUCUAUCACCACGCCCAGGACAUCAUCCUGGAGGUCAUAUACACCGAGCCCGUCGACCUCAGCCUGGGCGUGCUGGGAGAGAUCAGCGGCCACCAACUCAUGAGCCUCUCCACCGCUGAUGCCAAAAAAGACCCCAGCUGCAAGACGUGCAACAUCAGCGUGGGGCGCUAG